GUUGGUCCGUGAUAUCUAAGCACCUAAACCGGUCAGCAUGACUCAACAAAAAUUCUAAGCGGACAUUACGUUAUAAAAGGAAGCGACGAGAGUCAGGCUAGCUUGGUUUCGGCGUAGGCACCCCUCAGAUAGCGCGACACGCACUUCCACCAGCGCGACUUUUCAAGAUGACAGGGUUCACGAUCACCUACUUCGCCGUGAGAGGAAGAUGCGGUGCGAUGCGGAUCAUGCUGUCUGACCAGGGCCAGGAGUGGAAGGAGGUGGUGGUGACCUUCGAUGAGUGGAUGAAGGGAGACCUGAAGAAAACCUGUGUUUUUGGGCAGUUGCCCAAGUUUGAAGACAAUGGCCUGAUUUUGUAUCAGUCAAAUGCUAUUUUGAGGCACCUUGGACGCAAACUUGGCGCGAAUGGGGAGACUGAACGUGAAGCCUCCCUCGUCGACAUGGUGGCCGAGGGAGUCGAAGAGAUUCGUACUAAAUAUCUGAAAAUGAUUUACCAGGAAUAUGAGACUGGAAAAGAUGCCCACAUCAAAGACUUGCCGAACCACUUCUGCAAGUUUGAGGCUAUCCUGGUCAAAAAUCAAAGUGGCUUCCUCGUUGGAAAUUCGAUCUCCUACGCAGACUACAGUCUGUUUGAGGUCUUGCUGAACCAUCAGGUGCUGAGCCCAACAUGUCUGGACUCCUUCCCUUCCCUGAAGAAGUUUGUGGAGAUGAUGUCUGCCCGCCCCAAAAUCAAGACAUUUCUCCAAUCAGACGCCUACAAGAAACUGCCAAUCAAUGGAAACGGCAAGCAGUAAUUCACAUGAUGCCUUAUAAACAUUGAUGUCUAUUAAAACGAGUUGUAAACUUAAUAUAUUCAAUAUGGUUGAUGCUUUGAAUAGCAAAGCUUUCCAGUUUCUAUACAUAGUUAAAUUUUGGUCAAAUUUGACAGAUUUUUGACUGUUCAUUUAUUGAAAAUAAAAAAUAUAUAUUACAUGUGCA